AUAGAAGUGACUGGAAGCUGAGUGUCCACCUUCAUAACACCAGGAUCAGUACUCAGGAAAGCUCAUCUGCCUGAGCCUAGCCUGUGCACCUUCCGUCACCACCUCUCCUGGGGUCACGCUGAGCCUUGGAGCCACAUGGAGCCUGCAGAGUGGAAUGGAGCCUGGGGAGCCUGCAGUGGAGGAUCUGCUUCGGUAUGCCUGGGCAGUCAGAAGGUGGAGGAAAGGAUGGGCUGGCAACAAUCUCUUCCAGCCUUAGAAGCAUCCAGAAUUCGUACCAUUUACAUCAAUGACCCCCUGAAGAACAUUUUCAGCCAAAACUGGAUCAGCACAGCCAAGUACAGCCUGUGGUCCUUUCUCCCUCGAUAUCUGUACCUGCAGUUUAGCAAAGCGGCCAAUGCUUUUUUCCUGUUCAUUGCUAUAUUACAGCAAAUUCCAGAUGUGUCUCCAACAGGAAAAUAUACAACUCUCUUGCCUUUGAUGGCUAUUCUUACUAUUUCAGGCAUCAAAGAGAUUAUUGAAGAUUAUAGACGACAUAUGGCAGACAGAUUAGUUAACACAAAGAACACAAUAGUGUUAAGACAGGAUUCAUGGUACUCAAUUAUGUGGAAAGAGGUCAAUGUGGGUGACGUUGUGAAGGCUUCCAACGGCGAGUUCCUGCCUGCAGACAUGGUCCUGAUCUCUUCCAGUGAACCUCUGUCAAUGUGUUAUAUUGCAACAUCUAACCUGGAUGGAGAGACAAAUCUAAAGAUACGGCAGGCUUUGCCAGAAACAGCUGACAUGCAAACAAACAAGCAACUGGCAAACCUAACUGGAAAAAUAGAAUGUGAAGGACCUAAUCGUCAUUUCGAUACCUUUGUUGGAACCUUGUGCCUACCUGGUAAAAGCCCUGUUGCAAUUGGACCUGACCAGGUCUUGCUAAGAGGGACCCAACUAAGAAACACUCAGUGGAUCGUUGGCGUAGUGAUUUACACUGGCUUUGACACCAAAUUCAUGCAGAAUUCUGUCAAAUCACCUCUCAAGAGAUCCAAGGUGGAGAAAGUGACCAACUUGCAGAUCCUGGUUUUGUUCACCAUGCUGCUGGUCAUGGCCUUGGUGAGCUUUGUGGGAGGAGUGCUGUGGAACAAGCAGUACGGGGCCACCAUUUGGUACCUAAACAACGAUGUCAGCUACCACAGCUUUGCUUUUGACAUUUUGGUGUUCAUCAUCCUGUACCACAAUCUCAUUCCCAUCAGUCUGCUGGUAACUCUGGAAAUUGUGAAAUUUAUUCAGGCCCAGUUUAUAAACUGGGAUGAAGAUAUGCAUUAUAAAGUAAAGGAUGUCUAUGCCAUGGCCAGAACAUCCAAUCUUAAUGAAGAGCUUGGGCAGGUAAAAUACUUAUUUUCUGAUAAAACAGGAACCCUCACUUGCAAUAUUAUGACAUUUAAGAAGUGUACCAUUGCAGGUAUAAUGUAUGGUCAGUCACCUCCCAUCACAGACUCCUGUGAAUUUAAUGACCCCAGAUUACUGGAGAAUUUAAAGAAUGGCCAUCCCACAGAAAGCUACAUAAAGGAGUUUCUCACCCUGUUAUGUGUGUGCCACACUGUUUUUCCAGAAAAAGAUGGAAAUAAGAUAAACUAUCAAGCUUCCUCUCCAGAUGAAGCAGCGUUAGUGAAAGGGGCAAAAAAACUUGGCUAUGUUUUCACUGCAAGAACACCAUACUCAGUCACCAUAGAAGCUAUGGGACAAAAAUGCAUUUUUGAAAUCCUCAAUAUCCUGGAAUUCUCUAGUAAUAGAAAAAGAAUGUCCAUCAUUGUCCGGACUCCCACGGGGCAGCUCCGUCUCUACUGCAAAGGGGCUGACUUGGUGAUUUAUGAGAGACUUUCAAGCGAUUCUCUGUUUGUGGGUGAGACGUUAACUCAUCUGGAACAUUUUGCCAAAGAAGGUCUGAGAACGCUCUGUGUUGCCUACACAGAUUUAACUGAGGAAGAAUAUCAGUGGUGGCUGGAGGAUUAUAAGAAAGCUACUCUAACUUUACAUGACAGAAUCAAAAGGAUCGAAGAAUGCUAUGAUAAGAUUGAAAAGAAAUUUCUGCUUCUUGGAGCCACAGCCAUUGAAGAUCGUCUUCAAGCACGUGUUCCAGAAACCAUAACAACUUUACUGAGAGCAAACAUAAGAAUAUGGGUCUUGACAGGAGACAAACAAGAAACUGCAAUUAACAUAGCAUAUUCCUGUAAAUUGAUAUCAGGUCAAAUGCCUCGUAUUCAUUUGAAUGCAAAUUCAUUUGAGGCAACAAAACAAGCAAUUGCUCAAAACUGUCAAGAUCUUAAACAGUUGCUAGGUAAAGAAAAUGAGGUGGCCCUAAUCAUUGAUGGUGAAACACUGAAGUAUGCCCUCAGUUUUGAAAUUAAGAGGAGCUUCCUAAAUUUGGCCCUGUCGUGUAAAACAGUAUUAUGUUGUAGGCUCUCUCCCCUGCAGAAGGCUGAAAUAGUGGACGUCGUUAAGAAGAACGUAAGGGCUGUCACCCUGGCCAUCGGGGAUGGUGCCAACGACGUGGGCAUGAUCCAGACAGCACACGUGGGAGUGGGCAUCAGUGGGAACGAGGGCAUGCAGGCCACCAACAACUCUGAUUACGCCAUUGCACAGUUUAGCUACCUGGAGAAGCUUCUAUUAGUUCAUGGAGCUUGGAGUUACUUUCGAGUGACCAAAUGCAUAUUGUAUUGUUUCUACAAGAAUGUGGUGUUGUACGUCAUUGAGCUCUGGUUCUCCUUUGCCAAUGGAUUUUCUGGGCAGAUUAUAUUCGAACGUUGGUGCAUCAGCUUGUACAAUGUGAUUUUCACAUCAUUACCACCUUUAACUCUGGGAAUCUUUGAACGGUGUUGCAGUGAGGAGAGCCUGAUCAAGUAUCCAGAACUCUACAGAAUUUCUCAGACAGGAGAAACUUUCAACACAAAGGUGUUUUGGAUCCAGUGUAUGAAUGCUUUGGUCCACUCCUUCAUUCUCUUCUGGUUUCCUGCAAAAAUGCUGAAGCAUGAUAUGGUCUUACAGCAUGGGUACACUACAGACUAUUUGUUUCUUGGAAAUUUUAUUUAUACGGUAAGAUCACCCAUGUACAUGAAAUCACUUUUUCCAGUUUCUAAUUGA